CGUACUCUGAAUGCGCAUGCACCAAACAAGCAGACGGCGGUUAUUUUUCGGCGGGGUUAACUAGUUUGGAUAUAAUGCCUUUUCAGACAACAGAAAAUACAGAUAUCUGUGACAAUGCUCUUUAAAGUCCAAUAUGCAGGAAAGAAACGCUACAUCAAACUCAAUGGAGCGUCAUAUUCAACAUUUUUGAGACAAGCCAAAGAGAAGUUUGACAUCCUUGAAGAAACAAAUGUAUAUCUUGUGGAUGAAACUGGGACGGAGGUGGAUGAAGACGUCUUCAGUGACGUUCUGGAGGAGAAAUCCGACAUUGUCUGGACUCUCACUGAUGCCUCUUCUGUUGAGGAAUCUCCAAUGCAGUCUUCAUGCACAGACACUCUCUCUGUGUCAUCACGUUCAUCGGACAGUGAUCUUUCGUUCAUGUCCCCUAAACGAAGAUGCAUUGAUGACACCUUGAUGAUGUCCCCAAGAAGAGAUUCAAGUGAUGACAUUUCCUUACAAGCCAAAGAGAUUUAGGAAAUUCAAAGAAUACACAAGAAUACACACAAACAGGGGAGGUUAAAGACCCAUUACGACGAAAACUGGUCAACAUGGUUGUAGCAGCAAUGAUUGAGCAGUAUGGGACUGCUCCACCGAUGGAUGUCAGGACACGUUAUGCAUUGGGAAUUGUCACCCUGUUCCCUUGUCUGAAAGAUCCGUACUCUGAAAAAGGAUAUGAGCACUUUUUUGAUUCCAAAAGUAAUGAAGGCUACAUCGCUUGGAAACUGAAAAACAUGCAGCGCGAACUCAGCAGUGGCAGCAGGAGGGGCAGCAGCACCAGUCGCGAUCCAUCGAGCAAGAGAGGACCACAGUUUUCAAGGGCUGUGACUGCGGAGCAUCAGUUGGAGGGUGACCAGUGCAGAGAGGCCAUUUCCCUUCUGAGGCACACCACAGAUGAAAGGCAGAUCUUCUUGAAAAUGGAACAAACAUUUCAGUACAGACAAGCACUGAUUCACGAUUCUGAGAAGUGUGAGACCCUCCUCAGCGUGUUCCCAAGAUUCCUUGAUACAAGAGGCCUGGUGCUGCAGGAUUUCCAAAUGAUGUUUGGAGAGGAAAUCUCAUCAAAACUAAUGGAAAAGUGGGAAACCUCUUUGAGGCAGAAAGUCAUCAAAGAAGCAAACAACCUCACUAGGACGCCGAUGCUGGAGUCUCUCCUUCAGUCUGCUCAGGAGAACCCAGAGGACAACGAAGAAUCAUCAGAGUCUGCCUGGAACAGUGACAUGGCAGCACUGUUGCUGUUGGUGUACCUUCUGCUUCCACCUCCUAGUGGGAAGAAGAGGGCUGUGAAAAUCACUGUUCGAGAAGCUCUGAGCCACGUUGUCUGGUUUCACAAAUCAUGCCGCAACCUUCAAGAGACAACAAGCUCAGUCCAGGGGAGGCAGCCCUACAUUUUAGCAGUUGGAACAUCGCGUCGCACCAUCAAUGACUACUACAUUGUUGUGGAUCGUCAACUCAUUCCCUGCAAGGCUAAGUCUUCAAUUUCAGCCUUUGAUGAACUUUUCAAAGCACACUAUGUGUUUGGCAUUUCUUAUGAUCAGGCCCUGCACAAUAUGUACACAUUUGUGCAGACCACCAUUUACAAUAUUGAUGUUGGUCUGUGUCAUGAAAGCCCCAGGGUGAAGGAUCUUAGAGCGAAGCUCCUUAACGGAGUGAACUAAAUUAACAAAUCGAACAAGAUGCUUCA